AUGCAGUGUGAAUUGUUUGAUAAUCAGUGUUCAAUUUAUAUUACAGAAUCGCCUCAGAAUUGUUCAAAGAUCGUGAAGGUUAUGAAAAUCUACAGUCCCACACCAGAAAUCACAAUUGGAGGAAAAGUGACAUUGGUGUGCUACUGGGAGACAGAUUGUCUGCCAAUUAAUCACGUCUUAUUUUUAAACAAAACAAGAGUACAAGGACCUGCACCACAGAGCAUGAAGGAAGAAAAAGUUGUAUUUAACAUUACAAUCCAUUCCAGCAUUCAACUGGGUCCAUAUAAGUGCAAAGCUGAGUACAGAAAUAUAACAGCAUAUAGCCUAGGUUUCAACUUUACAUUAAGAGCUGAAAGUAACAAUCUAGCUGUUUUCAUUGUGCCUCCUCUCAUUCUCCUGCUGCUAUUGAUUGCAGCAGUUGUGACAAUUCAACUAUUGAUCCUUCCUUGGUGUAAGGAAAGUGAGGAAACUGAAGGCAGCUAA